UAAAUGGUGGCCUGAUUAUAUCCCAAAGCGAAUUAUAAUUUUCACUCUCUGUUGUUUUGCUAUUAUCAUCUGUUAUGCUGUUUAUAUGGCUAAGGAAUUCAAAUGGAAUCAUUCUACACAAGGUUUAGUAUCGUCAUCAUUUUACUUUGGAUAUAUUACGACGCAAAUUUUAGGAGGUGUGCUUACUGAUAAAUUCGGUGGUAGGAGAGUAUUAGGCAUAGCUGCCGCAACUUGGACAUUCUUCACUUUACUUACUCCAAUUUCUGCCAGAAUAAACAUAUACUGUCUUAUACUGUGUAGGAUUUGUUUAGGAAUUGGAGAAGGUGCUUCUUUUCCAUGUGUUCAAUCUUUAAUCUCAAAAUGGUUUCCACCUGAGGAACGAAGUAGAGCUGUUUCAGUAGCGUGUGUUUCUAAUUUUAUCGGUAUGGUAAUCGCCAUGCCAAUUUCAAAUAUAUUGGGUUCGAGUCGGUUUGGAUGGGAAAGUAUUUUUUGGGUAUUUGGAAUUGUUGGCUGUAUUUGGUCCGUUAUAUGGCAUUUUUAUGGGAGAAGUGAUCCUAGAGAUUAUUCAGGAAUCAGUAAAGAAGAAUUAGAUUGGAUUUUGAAAAGCAAAUCAAGUGCUUAUUUAGAUGAUAAUUUGGAUAAUUAUCAAUCAGGAUCUAGGGAGAUUACGAUUACUGACGAUGAUCUUGGCAUUCAAAGUGAAAACGAUGUGUUAUUACCAAAAGAUCAAACUUUAUCAAGGCCAAAUAAUAUAAAGAAAAUUCCUUGGAAAUUAAUAUUUUCUCGUCGUGAAGUUUGGGCAAUUAUCCUUGGUCAAUUUUGUAAUUCUUGGGGCUUUUUUAUUCUGCUUAAUUGGUUACCAAUAUACUAUUAUGAACAUUUUCAUGUAAAUAUCAAUUUAAUUGGAUAUUACACUGCUUUACCUUACUUUACGUACAUCAUAAUGGGAUCUAUAGCCGGUUAUCUCUGUGAUUAUGCGAUUAAUAAAUUAAAAUUUUAUGUUUUAACUGUACGAAAAUUUUUUAAUUUAACCGGAACCCUUGGAAUAUCAAUGUCUCUAUUAGUUGUAACAUAUUUGGCAAAAACUUCUCUUGAAGGAUUAUUGACAAUAACAAUUGGAUUUGCAAUAUAUUCAUUCAAAGUCCCAAGUUUUGACAUUGCACCAAAAUAUGCGGGCUUAAUAUAUGGCUUAGGAAAUACUUUUGCGGUGUUGCCGGCUCUUUUUGGUGUAGCAUUAACAGGUUGGAUAUUAGAAGUUACUGAUAAUAAUUGGAGCAUUAUUUGGUGUUUGUGUUCAUUGUUUUAUAUUUUUGGAACAUCAUUUUUUGUUUCCUUGGCUGGUGGAGAAGUAAUAAUUGAUUGA